AUGAAGAUCAAGAAUGAUACAAGAUAUCAAGUUAUUGGCAACUGUAAUGGCUUACUUUUGCGGAAAGUUUGUAGCAAAUUAAGUACUACGUUAUUUCUUUGGAACCCUUCUAUUAGAAAAUCUAUCAUGCUUAAUGAUCAUUCAAUUUCUGGCUAUGAUUGUUUCAUCUUUGGAUAUGUGGUUUCGAGUAACGAUUACAAAGUGUUCGCUUUCGAGUUUAAUUGUGGAGAAAAAUCCAUGUACAUUGCAGUUUACUCACUUAAUGAUCAUCUUUGGAGUGAAAAGAUUGUUAUGAUGAAUUUUCCGGCUAUGUUUACAAGAUGUAUGAUUUUUCAAUCUUGUUACUAUUGUUACUUUGAUGGAGCUGCACAUUGGAUUGUUUCGGAUAGAGAAGGAGGAGAACUCGAUUAUGCUGCAAAUUUCACCCAUGUACUUUCCUUCAAUUUUGGUGCUGAAAAAUUUAGCUAUGUGAUGUUGCCACAAGUUGAUGAUGAGAUCAUGUUAAAAUUUCUGUUUGUACUUGGAAAAUCGUUAGCCAUCUUUGGUAUCUCCUCUACUAAUACCUGCAUUUGGGUUAUGAGAACAGACAGUGGAGACGACGAAGAUGACAACCCAUGGAGUUUAUGGUUUUCAGGAGAGUCUAGUUGGGAAGUCUACAACUUCUUCAGACACUCAUAUAAAGUUAAGAUUUUUUAUGGUGAGAAUGCUGGUACUUUCAUUGUAGUACCACAUGCCCGGUGUUUCAGUGAACCAAUGUCUUAUAACAUUAGAACUCAUCAACUACAGCGUCUCAGAACAUGCUAUGAUCAUUGCUGGAGCAUAGAAUAUGUAGACACUUAUGUGGAGAGCUUGGUUUUGUGUAGAGAACGCCAAAAGCCUCGUCUUUGA